ACCACAGAGGUAGCUCAUGGCUUCACCUUCAAGUUCCAGGCUUCUAGCUCAAGCUCCGUCACGUAUCAGGAAAUUAGAACAAAAUCAAUUUUAAGGUUUGAUCGACUGAUUUUCUCUUUGGAGUUUCAAGUAUGGGAUUCAGAUUUCACAAUCUCAAUUCCCUACAUAAAAGGCUUGCUUUGCACAUACACAAGCACAAGCACAAGAACCCUCCUCAUCCUAAUCGCGCAGUAGCCCAAGAAUUCCUCACUUCCCAUCUCCAAGGCCCUUCUUUCGUUCUCUCUCAAAAUCCCAUUUACUCAAUCCCCAGAAGAUGGCAUUUAGGUCAUUCGCACCACCACCAUGAUGAUGAGCACCAGCACCAGCACCGUGGCUCUGGCGAAGAGGGCGAGAAGAUCUUCAGGCUGGGAUUGGCAGCUGAUAUUGGACUGGCUACUGGCAAAGCAUUGACUGGUUACUUAACUGGAAGCACUGCCAUCAUUGCUGAUGCAGCCCAUUCAGUCUCCGACGUGGUUCUUAGCAGCAUCGCUUUAUGGUCAUUUACAGCUGCAAAGGCUCCCAAAGACAAAGAACACCCAUAUGGACAUGGUAAAUUUGAGACUCUUGGAGCACUUGGAAUCUCUUGUAUGCUGUUGGCAACUGCUGGUGGCAUUGCUUGGCAUGCUUUGGAUCUUUUGCUGGGAUUGUUUUCAGCGGAUCCUGCUAUAGUUAGUCAGUCAUUGACUGAUCAUGUACAUAAUCAUCAUCAUCAUCAUCGUGGACAUCACCAUGGAGUUGACAUGGAGCACCCUGCUCUAGCUUUGAGCAUGACUGUUUUCUCGAUAUUUGUUAAAGAAGGGCUUUAUUGGAUCACAAAACGGGCAGGAGAAAGGCAAGGUAGUGGACUGAUGAAAGCAAAUGCAUGGCAUCAUCGUGCAGAUGCCGUUUCGUCAGUAGUUGCUCUCAUUGGAGUUGGAGGUUCAAUCCUAGGAGUGAAAUUUCUAGAUCCACUUGCUGGACUACUCGUCUCAGGCAUGAUCCUAAAAGCGGGACUUGAAACUGGGCAUCAGAGUGUCUUGGAACUGGUGGAUGCGGCAAUCCCAGCAAAGCAUUUGGAUCCUAUUAAACAGACAAUUGUACAAGUUGAGGGUGUGAAGGGAUGUCAUCGCUUGAGGGGAAGGAGGGCUGGUUCAACUCUAUACCUUGAUGUACAUAUUGAGGUUGAUCCGUUCUGUAGUGUUAGUGCUGCACAUGACAUUGGAGAAAAUGUUCGUUAUCAGAUUCACAAAUCCCAUCCUGAAGUCUCUGAGGUUUUCAUACACAUAGAUCCUUCAAUUCAACAAAUUUGCCCCAGUGUAGAUCAGCAAGAAAUUCUCAAGGGAAUUGCAUGCCAGAAAUUUUCUCCUGGUGAGGAUAAGGACAUUGAGGCAGCUGUUUCUCGAAUCAUCACAUCUAAGUAUGCAGAGAAAAUGGUUGUUGAGCGCAUAACGCAUCACUUGUUGCGGGGCAAGAUGUUACUCCAAAUUGAGGUUUCCAUGCCUGCGGACAUCCUGAUUCGAGAUGCAGUGGAGGUGGCAAAAGAAGCUGAGGAAGAGAUUUUGAAGGCGGCGACCAAUCUAAUUCAUGUUAGCAUUCAGCUACGUCUGGGAAGUCCAAUUCCACAAUUCAACCAUGACUAAAACACGGCAGAUAGAAAAGAAGGAUUUGUGAGAAAUACUAUUUCCAAUGGCAAUAAUAAGAUCUUAUUAUUGUUUUAGGUUCUUAAUCAUUUUGCAUAUAUUACAAUAGAGAAUAAUAGAUUAACCCCUGGCAGACGGGAGAAGAAAUGAUAGGAUAGGAUACAUUAACAUUUGCUUUGUUGUUAAUGUAAUCUUUUAAUGUCAUUGACAUCGAAGAAAGUUAUCAACCCUGACAUUCGUUUCUGUAA